UUGCCUCCCCGUGUACCCAGAUCCUAAAGAGCCCACAGCUUCUAGCUGGGCGCUCACUGUCCCCGCGAAGUAGUCACAUCUCCAACUCCUAGAGCUCGCCCUCUCCCGGACACUGCAGCGCGGACGCUCCUGGACGCCUGGAGGAACCGCUCCACGCUCCCUUGCACAGGCUGCAUCCGCUGCAUCCCGGGUUCCGCAGCCUACAGCUCAGCCUGGUAACUCCGCGGCUGGAGCAUGCUGACUUGCACCUGAGCAUCCCCACCUCGCUCCGCCUUCACUAGAGCGACGGCAGGGGGCGGGGGAAGGGGGCGGAGGACUCUGAUUCCCUGGUGGACCCAGGAAGUUGUCCUUUAAAAAGAACAUCUUCAGCCAACCUUUGAGGGCCGCCUCGUCAGAGCAGCAUGUGGACUGGUUCGCCAGGCCCCCUAAGUGUUCUGGGCUGUCACCGCCGCCUCAGUACGAGCAGCUGCUGUGGGCUGCGAGAGCCACGCGCAGGUCGAGGAGCAGGGACGCGCGGGUUCUUCAUCUCCGGAUUGCUGCUGGCCUCUUCUUCUCGGGAGGUGGCAGUCACUGUUGCUGCUGAGAAGCCAGCCUGCAUUUCCCUGUCUGUUAGUCGCCCAGUGAGGAGUUGAGACUGCACCUCCAGCCGGGACACACAUGGCUUGUUACCUGGUCAUCAGUUCGAGACAUCUCAGCAAUGGACACUACAGGGGCAUUAAGGGAGUCUUCAGGGGACCUCUCUGCAAGAAUGGAUCUCCGUCUCCGGAUUUUGCAGAAAAAGAGAAGUCCACAGCAAAAGCUCUGGAAGAUGCAAAAGCGAACUUUUAUUGUGAAUUAUGUGACAAGCAGUAUCACAAACACCAGGAGUUUGACAAUCAUAUCAAUUCUUAUGACCAUGCGCAUAAGCAGCGAUUGAAAGAAUUAAAGCAACGAGAAUUCGCUCGAAAUGUAGCUUCCAAGUCAUGGAAAGAUGAGAAGAAGCAAGAAAAAGCCCUUAAGCGACUCCAUCAGCUGGCUGAGCUGAGGCAGCAAUCUGAAUGUGUUUCUGGAAAUGGACCAGCAUACAAAGCCCCCAGGAUAGCCAUGGAAAAGCAGCUCCAGCAGGGAAUUUUUCCUGUUAAGAAUGGCAGAAAGGUCUCCUGCAUGAAGAGCACCCUUCUCCUCAAGGGAAAGACCCUCCCCAGAAGCACCAUGGAGAAGCAGCGAUUUGCUACGCAUAACCGACAACAACUGCAAGCAGACAGGCGGUGCCUGUUUGGAAAUAGGAUAACACAAACGUCUUCAGAUCUCAGCAGUGCAAAUCACAAGACAGGAGUUUCGUUUUCAUUUUCAAAAAAAGCUUAUCUAAAAUUAGAAUCCUCAGCCUCAGUUUUCAGUGAGAACACAGAAGACACGCAUGAGUGUAACAAGUCACCCGCUUAUAAAGUCAAACAAACAGUAGAGGAAUGCAUGUGUUGCAGGUUUGCAAACGAUGACUCCCACCUUACUAAGGAAGAAGGUGUCAUCUCACCAAGCCAUCUGGAGGGCCUGCUAAACAACACCUUCUCGAUGAAUUCUAAAAUGUCACAAAACAAAAAUGAAUCCAUUAAUGAGAUGCUGAAAGAUUCAUCAGGCAUUCAUGCUUCUUUCUCUAGGUCUAACCUCCAUCUUUCAGAAAGAAAUCUUACUCUUUCCAGCAGAGAGAAAGAAAUUAGGAAUACAUUGAAGGAAACUUCAGAAAACAACGUUAAUCACCCACAACAAGCAAAUGAAUCCUCCAGUCAACUUCAUGUUUGCAAACACAGUGAUAACCAUUGGUGCGAAAGUAUGAAUGAGUUUUCACCUUCAGGGUCAAGGGAACAAAAGAGCAGAACACAUCUGAAUCCUAUCUCCAGAAAGGAAGCCAGAGCAAAGGCUUUAGGAGAAGCAGACAAAGUUAGCAACAGUGUUCAGAGACUUUACAGAGAAGGCUGUCCAGGUGACCUGAAGUCCGAACCAUUGCCUUUCCUCCACGUACAGAGCAAAGAUGGACUCACCACUCUACAGUGGCCUACAGAGCUCCUGUUCUUUACCAGAACGGAGCCUUGCAUAUCUUACGGCUGUAAUCCACUAUAUUUUGACUUCAAACUUUCUCGCAACACGAAGGAUGAACAUAAUUCAGAGAAUGUAAAAAAAGAAUUGGAGAAGGAGCCUUUGGAAAUGAAGCAAAAAACAGAGAGUCAAGUCUCAGGUUUAAUGAAAGAACAGCAAAAAUUAACCCAAGAUAAUCAAUCUCAGAAGCCAAAGAUAAUUAUAGCUAACCCAGAUUGGGAAAAGUUCCAGAGAAAAUACAAUUUGUACUACAAUGAUUCUGAUUCUAGUAUGAGUGAAUGUGAUAGUCUGAGAGACUUGGAUAUGAAAAGUCCUGAAGUGUCCGCCUACCUUAAUCUGUCUCUAAAAGAUGGCAUGAGAAAGGACAAUGCUGAUGAUACUGAAUUCAAAGAACCUUCAAAUGUCCACGGGCAGAGCUACAAGCGGACAGUUCUAAACAAUGCUCAGGACAGGCCUUCAUGCUCGCCUCUCAUCUCUAGGACUAAAAUACACAAGCGGAAUCCCUGCACUCCACAUUCAGAGGUUGAAGGACAAAGCCAGUGUACCUGGAAUUUUAGUCCUUGUACAUCAGAGAAGCACAGUGAGCCUGAGAAGGACAUCAGUGAGAGUUUAAAUACCUGCAGCAUCGGCCUGGGCAACAAGGCUUCUCCAAGUGGAAAACAAAGCUAUGACAGAUUUUCUCCAAAGCCACCUCUGAGUAACCAUCCCAGACCUAUGGAUGAAUCUCCCAGAAACGUGGCCAGCUGGAGAAACACAUGCUCAAGUCAUCGGUCCAACGGCAGUGGCCGCAGUCAUUUGCUCUACGUUUGCAAAGCAGAAUGUGACUCAAUUGAAAGACACAUGUGGAAACACCGAAAGCACAAUUGCUUCUGCUUGUCUAAUGUCCCAAUAAGCAGUAGCUGUCCUCAGUUAGAAACGCAGAGAGGCAGGAGUGGUAAACUAUGGGAGUCACUUAAAACUAAAAAACAGUUGAAACACAGCAACUGUCACUGCAGAGAAAGAUGUAAACUGGGUAAAAAUCAACAAUUUGAAGGGUUGAAACCCACAAGAGAUUUUAACUGUGAUUCCAGUUCACAGGUUUCGCUUGAUAGAAAUAGUGAAAAACCCUUUAAUGGCCCAGGACCUCAGCACAGCAAAUCAGGCUCGCAUUUGAGACAGAGAGCUUACUGCUUAAACAAAAACAAGAAAAGUCAAAAGUCUUUGACCAGCCUUCACAUUAAUGAUGUGGGAAAAGUCAAGUGCAGACCAUGCAACCGGAGGACGCUCAACUACCUUCUUAGGAGUUGUGGAGGUGGCCCUUCAGAAACCACACAGUCAAACAUUUUGGAUGGAGAAGGGCCUUCCCUGACAGCAAAGUGUCUUUUAGAAAGAGUAAAAGCCAAGAAGUGUCAGGAGCAAGCAACUAAGUUUGAGGUUUCUUCAAACAGUUGUUUAAAAGAAUCAGAGAUUCAUUCACAGACACAACCCACAGUUCAACCUAGACCACCGAGCUGCAACAGAACAGCCUUACCUUUUUCAGAGAGCAGACAAGAACUGAGGAAGAGGAGAAAUGAGAAAGACAGUAUAAUAUAUAAGACUUCUGACAAAGACACAAUCGGAAGCUCACAGAAAAAUAACUUUACUGUAUUCACAGAUGCUGAAUGUGAUAACAAUCUCCCCAAAGGCAUAAAUCACGCAGUAACAGAUUCCCAGUCUCCAAGCAGAGAAAAGAACCAGACAAUGAAAGAGCAAUCUAAAUCUUCAAUUAGUGAAGUCCAGCCUUUCCUUCAAAGCUGUGACCCAGUACCAAAUCAUUUCCUUGGUGCUUUUCCAUCUAAUAGACAUGCUGGUGUGUCUGAUUCAACAGAGACCAAAGAGGACCAGAUAAAUCUAGACUUACAAGAUGUAAGCGUGUCUAUGAAUCAUGCAGAGGGGAAUAUAAACUCUUGCUAUGACACAACUAUGCAGAAGCAUGACAAAGUGGAAGAUGAAUUGGAAGGGUGUCCCAAGUCUCUCAUCCCACCUUUAGUUCAUCAGCCCAUAACAUUUUCUCCGGAUGAAAUAGACAAGUACAAGCUCCUCCAGCUACAGGCCCAGCAGCAUAUGCAGAAACAGCUCCUGUCCAAGCAUCUCUGGGCUGUGCCUGCUGCAGGGCCCACUGCCUUCUCUCCACCUUCAGCUGUGCAGACACUUCCAGUCCACCAGCACACAGCCAUCACCACCAUCCACCACACCUUCCUACAGCACUUUGCUGUUUCUGCUUCCAUCAGCUCACACGGCAGCCCCCUCCCAAUGGCUCAUAUCCACCCGUUCCCACAGACACAUUUCAGCCCUCUUCCAUUUCCAACCAUGGCUCCAACCAUCAUCCCUGCACACCCUACUUUUCUAGGACAUCCCCUGCAUUUAGUCACUGCUGCCCCCUUUCACCCAUCACAUAUAGCAUUUCAGGCUCUGCCUCCUGCAGCGUUCAUCCCCACAUUGUUUGGUCCUCAUUUAAAUCCAGCCACAACUUCUCUCUUCCAUUUGAAUCCUUUAAUCCAACCAGUGCUGCAAGGGCAAGAUCUUUACCAUCAUGCUUGUUCCAACCAGAUGCAGCAGUUAAACAGUAUGAAAGAGGCCUUAAAUAUGUCAGUCCAUUUGAACUAAUAGUUAUGACAGCUCAUCUUUGAAUAAAUAAUGCCAAUCGUGACUACCUGCAAAGCAAUGUAUUAAUAUCAUAUCUCCCACUAUUAUAAAAUUUAAAAUAAUGGUGCCAAGUCCAAAUGUAAUUCACACAUAAACAUAAACUGAGUUAUCAUACUAGAAAUGGGAACAUUCUAAGAACUUGUGCUGGCAAAAACAAUAGAGCAAAUUAAAAAUAAUUUUAUGGAAGGAAAUCCUAGAAAGCAUUAAAGAGUGGUUUGAAAUAAGUUGUUAACUAAUACUAAAAUUGGUAAAAGAAAGCAUUCUGGCACAUCACAAUGAAGGAAAAAUAGAAGGCUUUGUUUGCCGUCUGUGAUGAGUGAAUGAUGGAUGAAUACGAUUUUAUUUGUCAGAUAAUAUUAAAAUGUCAAUAAAAUGAACCAACGAUUAAGAAUAAUUUCUUUUGACAUAUUUUUCAUGGAAGUUAAGAAAUAUUCUGAUUAAUGCAAGCUGAAAACAAGUACACAAACUCACUUUACAAUUAAUGGAAUUCUGUGAGAGACCAUUUUCAUACCACCUUGUAUGAAUCAAUAGCAUCAGAAAUUAAGAAUGUUUAAAUUUCAUAUUAGAAAGCAUAAAAGAGAUGUUAUUAGUAUUUGAUAAUGCAAAAUAAAAUCUCCUUACAGUAACAUAUUACACAUAUUGGUAAUUAUUUCAAAUAUAAUAAGAGCUAAAAAAAUCAAGUUUUUUUUUUUACUACUCAGAAUUUUUUUGUAUCAGAAAUAAGAAAGACAAGGCUUAGAAAUGAUGAGUUUUAUGAGGAUAAGCCAAGUUAUCAAACAUGGAAUUUCAAAUAUUCAUUCAAAAGCCUUCCUGGUUCAUAGAAUUUUAACUUCUUAUAUUGUUUGUGAACUGUCAUCUAUUUGGUAUAUGAUUUAAUAUUCUUAUAAUUAUAAAAGUAUUACUCAUAUUUCCAGUAACAAUGGGUUUCCAGAAAGUGAAACUCACAGAGCAGGAGGUGGCCUCUCUCUAAUAAUGAAGUGAAGAUGGAACCUUUGGCACACUGGUAUAAAAUGUGACUCUUACUCAGCCUUGGGGGAGAGCAUCUGCCUUCACUGAAUACAUGCAUUUGACUUCCUGGAGGUGAAUCACAUAGAUCACUUUUUCUUAUUCCUCACAUCUGCACAGAUCAACAUUAUCAUUCUUCAAGUCAUCAAUGCAGUUGAAAAUUAAAGAGUUGGUUUUGUCUGAAGACACAAACAGAAGGGGGAGAAAAAAAUAAAUGUGAAUGUUGACAUGAAGAACAAACAUACUUACCAAAGUAAUGCCAAACGUUUGUUUAUGGGGGCUUUUAUUGGAAUAUAGAAGGCACAGAGUCUGACCUACUUAAAUGGAAUAGAAAAAGAAAAAGAUAUUUAUCAAAUAGCAAGAAGUCCCAUACUUCUUAUAAUUUCACAAAAGUAAUUAUUAAGGGUAGUGCAUUUGGGUAAAUCAUCUUAAAAAUAAAAAAAGUGAAGAUAUUAUUCUGAAGAUAGAUAAUAACUUGCCCAAAAGAUCAAAAUAUAUUGUGGAUAAUCAGUUCUUCAAUCAGGUUAUAAAGAUGGCAUAUGGCUAAGAGAGAAUGAUCUCCACCAGUCACUAAAGUCUUAAUACAGAAAAGACAGAGCAUUUGAUUAACGUUUAAAUUGCCUUAGAGACAAUCUAGAAGCUCAGAAGGAUAAACCAGUUUUCUGCUGGACCCUUAGAUAAAUCAAGGUAAGUGGAUAGUUAGGAAAUGACUGCUCCAUCUUGCACUAGAAACAGUUAAAGUGCUCAGUGAAUAAUCCACCUCAUACAACAGAAAGAAGGUGUUGCUCUUAAACAAAAAUAAUUUGUACACCAAGGUGACAAGCCAUCAUACCAGGAGAAUGGACAAUGAGAUCAGCAGUCUCUCUGGAUUUGUUUCCAUUUUCCUUUAGAGGAAGGCAUCCUUGAAAAGCUAAAGCAGAAAGAAUUCCAAGCUUAUUCUGAAUUCUAAAUUUGAACCAUUAAAAACACAGUUUUAUGGAUUAUACUUUUAGUAUUAAUUCCAUCAAAUUAUUUGAUAAUUGAUUUGAGCAAUUUUCUAUUAAAUGACAAAUUUAUUGGAUAAGUUUUGCUGUGAGUUCACCCUUGACAAUAAGUCAUUGAUCCUUGUUUUAUAUCUGUCCAAGAACCAAGAUUAAACAAAAGACAAAUAUGGGUAGAGAUAGGCUGUAAAAUAUUUAUCCAUGGGCCCACAUGUGAGCACAUGAACACACGAAUGUGUCUAUAUAUUUUAUCUCCCAAGACUCAAAGUCUUUCCACCAUCAUACGCUCAAUGAAUUCAGGCAUGAUUCAAGAGGGGAAGUGGUUUGUGCGAAGCCAUGACAAGUGGGUAAAUUUAUUCUCUUAAUCACUGCCAAAUUUUUCCAAAAAAAAAUGGACUGUGGCUAUAAAAUCUGUUCUUUAACAUGAUUUUUGAGAUCA